AUGAUAAUUAUUAUUUUUUACUUUAUAUAUGAGCAUACUAUUAAAGUCCUUCAAAAGUAUGGUGUGGGUUCUUGCGGCCCGCGUGGCUUUUACGGGACUAUCGAUGUUCAUUUGAUUCUUGAAAAUGAACUCGCAAAGUUCUUAAACGUUGAAGAAGUUAUUAUUUAUUCUUACGGAUUUGCGACCAAUUCUUCUGCCAUUCCGCCUUAUUCUGGCCGCUCGGACAUAAUAUUCUGUGACGAGGGCCUCUCUUUUUCGAACCAAACUGGCUUAUUAGCUGCCAAAAGUCGAGUUAUUUGGUUCCGGCAUAAUAAUAUGCAGCAUCUCGAAGAACUUCUAAACCAGCAAGCUCAAGAAGAUCGAAAAAAUCCGAAAAAAGCCAAGCAUAUACGCCGCUUGAUAGUCGUGGAGGGUCUCUAUAGAAACUACGGAGAUAUCUGUCCUCUGCCGCAACUCCUUCAGUUUAAAAAAAAAUAUAAAUGCCGCAUUUUCAUAGACGAAAGCAAUUCUUUUGGGGUUUUGGGAAAAGGCGGCCGCGGAGUUACAGAGCAUUACAGUAUUAAUCCUGAAGACGUCGAUCAGAUAUACGCCUCUAUGGAAAAUGCUUUGGCUUCUGUUGGUGGCUUCUGUGCCGGUUCUAAAUUUUUAGUGGACCAUCAAAGACUUCAAGGAAAAGGCUAUUGUUUUUCAGCUUCGCUUCCUCCUAUCAAUGCGGAGGCGGCUCGCUUGGCUUUGCAAAAGUUACAAAAAGAUUCAAAACUUUUAAACAAUCUAAAAGAAAAUGUUGAUUUUCUUUGGAAGGAAUUACUAUCCUUCCGCAUGAAACUUCAUAUUUGUGGGUAUAGACAGAUUAGCCCAAUUAUUCAUCUUCGUCUUCCAGAAUCUGCAACAACACGCGAAGAAAAAAAACAAAUUCUUCAAAGUGUUGUUGAUUUUUGUUAUAAUAACGGCGUUUUGCUGGUAAUGCCGGAGUAUAUUGAAUCUGCAGAAAAGCAUCUUCCCGAGCCGAGCAUUCGAAUCACCGUUUCUUCAAAACAUACUAAAGAUGAAUUAAGAAAAGUAGCCUGCACGGUUAAUGAAGCUUCCCUUUUCGCCCUCGGUUAA